UUUUUCUUGUUCUUUGUUUCUGUUUAACUGGUUUCUCUUUCCACCAAGAAUUAGUGGUGACUGAGAUCUGAUGAAGAAGAUGGGACACACUUUGUUCUCUGAGUUAUUCUUGCUGUGUUCUCUCCUCUACACCGGACGAGCUCAAGAUGCUGUUCUGACUAUUGAACCCAGUUGGUCAACUUAUUUUGCUGGAGAGUCUGUUACCUUCAUAUGUGACAUGAGGGAAGGAAGAAACAAUGACUGGGAAUAUAAAAUCCUCAUGGAUGCAAAUCAACCCAAACCCAGACUGGUUCAAGUCUCAAAAACCACACCAGUAGGAGGAAGUGUGAGUCUGAACUGCUCUGUGGAGAACUCUGCUGGAUGGAAAUACGACUGGUUCAGACAAACCUCAAACACAAAUGAAGUUCAAGUCACAACAAAUAAUGUAAAUGGAGUUAUCAGAGUCUCCCAAGGAGGCAUCUACAGGUGCAGAGGAUACAGAGGAAAACAAAUCUUCUUAACUGAAGCAAGUGAUAAAGUCACCUGUGAGAUAACCUUUACAAACAAGGUUGUUGUGAUGCGACAACCCAACUGGCCUCAGAUAUUCAGAGGUGAGACGAUCACUCUGACAUGUGAGGUUCAGGGAGGUGAAACCACUGAGUGGGAGUAUAAAUGGAGAAGAUCUGGUUCAGAUACACCAUGGAAAUAUGAGAAAACGUGGACUUUCACUGCUUCUGAGUCCAGCAGUGGAGACUACACAUGUAAGAGCAGACUCAGACACGACCCGUAUUCUUCAACAGAGACGAGUGAAGCCUUCACAUUGUUGCUAUCAGAUGAACCAAAGGCUCAACUGAGAGCAGCUGUGACUCUGCACCCCAACUGGCCUCAGAUAUACAGAGGAGAGAAGAUCACACUCCGAUGUGAAAUCCACGGAGGAAACACUGAGUGGGAGUAUGAAUGGACAACCAGCAGCUCAAACAAACCACCUAAUCUAAAUGAAUUCACUAUUGAUCCAGUUUCUUCAUCAAACAAUGGAACCUACAAGUGUAAAGGCAGAAUGAAAAAUAAACCAACAAAUUGGAGUGAUUCCUUCAGUUUGACAAUUUUAGAAACAUCCAAACCUGUCCUCUCUGUGUCUCCAUCAUGGCUGAGUCCUGGAGUCUCAGUGACUCUGAGCUGUGAGGUCAAACAUCCGUCUGCAGGAUGGAGCUUCUACUGGUAUAAAGCUCUUCCUCAACUACCAAAUCUGUCCUGCAUCUAUGAGCUGCUACCUGGUAGCACCAGUGGGACUGCACAGGACUCCUACAUCAUUGAUGGACAGACACACACAGCAGGAUAUGCAUGUAGAGCUGGACGAGGAGACCCAGUGAUCUACACUCCUUACAGUCAGACUAAGAUGGUCUGGUCUGCAGAUCCUCAUCCUUCAGCGUCUCUCACAGUAAGUCCUGACAGAGUUCAACACUUCAGUUCUGACUCUGUCUCACUGACCUGUGAGGGAAACUCUACUGAGUGGAGAGUGAGAAGGUCGACUCUUAACAACUACACGUCUACUUGUUCCUACUGGGGGACAAUGAUCAGAUCAACAUGUAUCAUUAAUAGACUGCAGCACAGAAAUACAGUGUUCUGGUGUGAGUCUGGAUCAGCAUUCAGCAACGCAGUCAACAUCACUGGACAGACUAAUGAUGGUAUCAUCCUGGUGAACCCCGUCCAUCCUGUGACUGAAGGAGCUUCUGUUAGUCUGAGCUGCAGAAUGAGAGAACAAAAUCUACUUUCCAGUGUGUUUUUCUACCACAAUGACAAACUUAUCCCGAAUGAUGGCAGAGGGGAGCUGAAUAUCUCUGCAGUGUCACAGUCACACGAAGGUUUCUACAAGUGUGAACAUUCAGGAAACGUUUCACCACAGAGUUGGAUGGCAGUAAAAUCGGUGUCUAGAACAGAGAGUUCUUCAUUUCUUUUUCUGGUUUGGUUGCUGGUUCCUGUAAUUUUACUGAGUUUUCUUCUGCUGCUGUUGUGUCUCUACAAGAAGUCAAAAGAUUCAUGCUGUAUCAGGUGGAUCCAGUCAGACAGCAGCAGUCAGAACUCCACCACAAAUCAACCAGUCAACCAGCCUGAAACUGUUGAAUACGACUCUCUUCUCCACGGUUCUGUUGAUGUCUAUGAGACCAUCAGACCCUCCGGAGAUACUGGAACUGGGAAUCAUCACAAACAAGAGGGUGUUUACAUCAAUAUGAAGACAAGAACUGCAGAUGCUGUUCUGACUAUUGAACCCAGUUGGUUGACUUAUUUUGCUGGAGAGUCUGUUACUUUCAUAUGUGACAUGAGGGAAGGAAGAAACAAUGACUGGGAAUAUAAAAUCAUCAUGGAUGGUUGGGAUUCUUGGUUCGACACACCCCAACGCUACGAAUUAUACCUCUCACACACUGGUAAAUAUCAGUGUCGUGGUCGACGUAGAUCCUCAGAUGUAACAAAGGACAGUAAUAUUGUCUCUUUAACUGUAUCAGCAAAUCAACCCAAACCCAGACUGGUUCAAGUCUCAAAAACCACACCAGUAGGAGGAAGUGUGAGUCUGAGCUGCUCUGUGGAGAACUCUGCUGGAUGGAAAUACGACUGGUUCAGACAAACCUCAAACACAAAUGAAGUUCAAGUCAGAACAAAUAAUGUAAAUGGAGUUAUCAGCGUCUCACAAGGAGGCAUCUACAGGUGCAGAGGAUACAGAGGAAAACAAAUCUUCUUAAGUGAAGCAAGUGAUAAAGUCACCUGUGAGAUAACCUUUACAAACAAGGUUGUUGUGAUGCAACAACCCAACUGGCCUCAGAUAUUCAGAGGUGAGACGAUCACUCUGACAUGUGAGGUUCAGGGAGGUGAAACCACUGAGUGGGAGUAUGGAUGGAGAAGAUCUGGUUCAGAUACACAAUGGAAAUAUGAGAAAACGUGGACUUUCACUGCUUCUGAGUCCAGCAUUGGAGACUACACAUGUAAGAGCAGACUCAGACACGACCCGUAUUCUUCAACAGAGACGAGUGAAGCCUUCACAUUGUUGAUAUCAUAUGAACCAAAGACCCAACUGAGAGCCGACACCAGACUCAUCCCAGUUGGAGGCAGAGUGACUCUGAGCUGCUCAGUGAACCCGUCAUCAUCUGGUUGGAGAUACUACUGGUACAGAGACGAGGAAUCCUCUGAACCGCUGACCUCACCAGAUGCUGUUUUCCAGCCAGAUGGACAAAUCAGUGUCUCACAGGGAGGAAUCUACUGGUGCAGAGGAGGAAGAGGAGAACCAGUUUACUACACAAACUUCAGUGAUCCAGUCAACAUUUAUGGAGCUGCUCCAAACAGAGCAGCUGUGACUCUGCACCCCAACUGGCCUCAGAUAUACAGAGGAGAGAAGAUCACACUCCGAUGUGAAAUCCACGGAGGAGACACUGAGUGGGAGUAUGAAUGGACGACCAGCAGCUCAAAGAAACCACCAAAUCUAAAUGAAUUCACUAUUCCAGUUUAUUCAUCAACACUACAAACUACAAGUGUAAACUACAAGUGUAAAGGCAGAAUGAAAAGUAAACAUCUUUCAACAGGUUGGAGUGAUUCCUUCAGUUUGACAAUUUUAGAAACAUCCAAACCUGUCCUCUCUGUGUCUCCAUCAUGGCUGAGUCCUGGAGUCUCAGUGACUCUGAGCUGUGAGGUCAAACAUCCGUCUGCAGGAUGGAGCUUCUACUGGUAUAAAGCUCUUCCUCAACUACCAAAUCUGUCCUACAUCUAUGAGCUGCUACCUGGUAGCACCAGCGGGACUGCACAGGACUCCUACAUCAUUGAUGGACAGACACACACAGCAGGAUAUGCAUGUAGAGCUGGACGAGGAGACCCAGUGAUCUACACUCAUUACAGUCAGACUAAGAUGGUCUGGUCUGCAGAUCCUCAUCCUUCAGCGUCUCUCACAGUAAGUCCUGACAGAGUUCAACACUUCAGCUCUGACUCUGUCUCACUGACCUGUGAGGGAAACUCUACUGAGUGGAGAGUGAGGUUGACUCUUGACAACUACACGACUACCUGUUCCAUCUGGGGGACAAUGACCGGAUCAACAUGUGUUGUUCGUCCACUGCUGCACAGAAAUACAGUGUUCUGGUGUGAGUCUGGAUCAGCAUUCAGCAACGCAGUCAACAUCACUGGACAGAGUAUUCUUGGUAUCAUCCUGGUGAACCCCGUCCAUCCUGUGACUGAAGGAGCUUCUGUUAGUCUGAGCUGCAGAAUGAGAGAACAAAAUCUACUUUCCAGUGUGUUUUUCUAUCACAAUGACAAACUUAUCCAGAAUGAUGGCAGAGGGGAGCUGAAUAUCUCUGCAGUGUCACAGUCACACGAAGGUUUCUACAAGUGUGAACAUUCAGGAAACGUUUCACCACAGAGUUGGAUGGCAGUAAAAUCGGUGUCCAGAACAGAGAGGUCUUCAUUUCUUUUUCUGGUUUGGUUGCUGGUUCCUGUAAUUUUACUGAGUUGUCUUCUGCUGCUGUUGUGUCUCUACAAGAAGUCAAAAGGUAGGAGCUUCAUCAGCAGGUCUCAGCGCACAAAUCAGAGUUCUGCUACAGACGUGAAUGAAGGUCAACACGAUCAAUACGCUUUUCCUCUCGAAGGUGAUGUUUGUCACUAUGAGUCAAUCAAAGGUCCUGAAGUUGGUGAAAUUGGUUCAGUUUAUUCAACAACAGAUGAAUCCAGAGACAUCACAUAUUCUUCAAUUGAGCUUAAAAACAUCAAGACUAAGAAGAAGAAGAAAAAGGAAUCAGAGGAAAAAUCGGUUUACUCUGAUUUGAAGUUCAAACCAUCCACAGGUAAGAUCCAUAAGAACAACGAAACUAAAAGAUUUGUAGCUGUUCUUUUGUGCAAGCUGACACUUUCGCAACUUCAUGUAGGUGUAAACUCUGAAUAUUUGUGUUUGGAUUUUAAAUGGACUCUCAAUAUGUCACCCAUGGACAUAUAUUAGUUUCUAAGAUUUAUAGAAAAGUAUAAAAAGAAACCAAAGCCAACAUGUGUUUUGUUUCAGACAAGAUUCAACUAUAUGCUCGGGUCCACAAGAAAGACAAAGGUCAGUAAAGUCUGCAGCUACAACUGUUGAAACAAGUUCCCACCUUUGAUUGUGACAUUACUCUGAAAUGUUUUCAAUCAUGUCUUCUUCUACAGGGAAACCAGUUCCUGCAGCUGAUGAGAUGGUUUAUUCUGAAGUAAAACCAGAAUAAAUACUUGAAGUUGGUUUAAAUGGAUGUAAAUCCCAUGACUGAUCCUACCUUGCUGAAUUCUCCUGAAUGUUUUUAUUUUCUUGCAUCAAAACAGAUAUUAUGGAUAACAAAAUAAAACUGUAAUGCACUGUACUGUCUGAGCUUUAAUACAGGAGGAAUAAAAAGGCUUUAACAUUAGAAUGUUUUCCAUAUUCAGCUUUUGAAAAAU